AUGAGCAAAUUUAAAAAGAUAAAUAAAUUUCAGAAAAAAAGCCAAAAGGGGAGUAAAUUCUCAAAGCAUACAAAAAAUGGAAUAAAUAAAGAAAAUAAAAUUGUGAAAAAAAAAGUUAAAGGAAACAAAAGUAAGAUAAAUAAAUCUGUGAAAAAAAAAGUUAAAGGAAACAAAAGUAAGAUAAAUAAAUUUGUAAAAAAUAAUAAAAAGGGAUAUGAUAGUGGUGGGAAUGAAAACAUCGAAAGUGAUGAUGAUAACGAAAUUGAAGAAGCUUCAGAAAAUAGUGGUGAAGAUUCAGGGGUUGACACUAAUUCGGUUAAAAUUCUGAACGGCAAGGUAAAUGACGAAAAUAAGGAAAAUGAAAAUAACAUAAACUUAAUAAAUAACAUAAACUUAAUAAGUAAUAAAAAUUUAAUAAAUGAUAAAAGUGACAUAUUUGAAGGUCUAUUUUCUGAUUUGAAAAAUGUACUAAAUGAAAGUUUGCUAAAUACAUUAGAAAAAAAUAAUUUCGUAAAAACAACUAAAAUUCAAAAACUAAGUAUACCUAAGAUAAUUAAAGACAAUGAUGUGUUUUUAAAAUCUAUGACUGGGUCAGGUAAAACCUUAUGUUAUGCCUUACCAGCUGUUCAGAAAAUAUUAAAUUUAAAAGAAAAAAAUAAUAUAAAAAUAACAAGAGAAAUGGGAACAUUUAUAUUAGUUUUAUCACCUACAAGAGAAUUAGCUAUACAAAUAAAUAAUUUAUUGUCCAUUUUAACAAAAGCAUAUCCAUAUAUAGUAGUUUCAUGUAUAAUAGGAGGUGAAAAAAAAAAAUCAGAAAAAAAUCGAAUAAGAAAAGGAAUAUCAAUAUUAACAUGCACACCUGGAAGAUUAUUAGAUCAUUUACAAAACACAAAAGCAUUGAAACUGACAUAUUUAAAAACUGUAAUUUUAGAUGAAGCAGAUAAAAUUAUAUUUUUGGGAACACAAGACAAAAUUAAAAUGAUAUAUGAUUUGGUUAAAAAAAUUAAACACGAAGAGUUUGAAAAGGUAAAAGAUAUUCCCACACCGUCAAACAUAGAAGCAGCCAAUCAACAUGUAGAAGAUAUUCCCAAUCCGUCAAACAUAGAAGCAGCCGAUCAACAUGUAGAAGAUAUUCCCAAUCCGUCAAACAUAGAAGCAGCCGAUCAACAUUUUGUGACUGAAUCAAAUGAAGGCAUCGUGAGUGAAACCUUCCAAAUGGUAUUCAUAUCUGCCACAUUGAAUAACGCAAUAAAAAAUUUAGCAAAUUAUUGCCUAACUAAUAAAACAAUAUGGCUAGAAAUUACAAACGAUAAAAAAAAUACAGCAUUGAGAAGCAAAGAUGUUUCUAUAAGUUUUGAAUCAAAUAUAAAUAAUAAAGAAGAUAAUUAUGAAUUACCAAAACAAUUAAAACAACAUUUUAUUUUAAUAGAUUUAAAAAAUAAAUUUUUAGGUUUAUUAUAUUUAAUUUUAGAAUGUAUAAAAGAAAAAAAAAAAGUUGUUGUAUUUUUUUCAAAUUACAAAAGUACAGAAUAUUUUCAAAUUGUUUUAAAAAAAUUAUAUUGGCCAACAGAUGUAAAAAAAAAAAAUAUUCAAGUUAAUAAAAUAUUAAAUAAUGAAAUAAAACCAAUUUUAAAUAAAGAAGAUGAAAGAUUAUUAAAAAAACAUUUAGAACAAACAAUUAUGAAUCAAUAUAAAGAAAAUAUGGAAAAUUGUUUAGAAGGAAAGAAAAAUAAAAUGCAAUCCUCAAAUUUAUUAAAUUAUAAAAAUAUAAAUAUAGAUGAUAUAUAUAUUGAAGAUGAUAAAAAUAGUGAAUCAAAUAAUAUAUUAUAUGAUGUAAAUGCAGAUGCUCAUAAAAGGGUUUGUAUUUUUGAAAAUGUAAAUAUAUAUAUACUUCAUGGAAAUUUAUCAAAAGAAGAUAGAUUAGGAAAUUUUGAAGAUUUUUCUAAAAAUCAAAAUUCAAUUUUAUUAUGUACAGAUAUUGCAUCUAGGGGAAUCAAUUUUAAUAACUUAGAUGUAGUGAUACAAUAUGAUUCGCCACAAGUUUUAGAAGAAUAUAUACAUAAAGUUGGAAGAACAGCAAGAUUAAAUAAUGAUGGAACAUCUUAUUUAUUUUUGUUACCAGAAGAAAAAGAUUUUAUAACACUUUUAAAAAAUAAAAAUAUAUCUGUUAAAACAAUUUUAGGAAAUGAAAUUAUAAAUAAAUUUAAAAAAAUAUAUGUACCUAUGUUUUUAAAACCAGUUGGAGGAAAUAUACUUAAUUUUUUAGUUAAUCAUUUUAUUUCAAUAAUUAAAGCAGAUUCUUCACUUUUAGAAAAAGCUGUAAAUGCUUUUUUAGCAUCUAUUAAUUCUUAUCAUUCAAUUUCAAAAGAGUUACGAAAUAUUUUUAAUUCUAAAAAUUUACAUCUAGGUCAUCUUGCAUAUGCAUAUUUAUUGGAUAAGACGCCAAAAGAAAUAUCUAACUAUAGAAAACACCAAACAUAUUUAAGCAUAAAAAAGCAAUCUACUUUAAAUAAAAAAGAUAAGAGAUUUAUACAAUCAAAAAAGUUCAAGCAAAUAAAGAAAUAA